UCCGCUGCACCACAAGGGGAACUCCUUUCUUUCUCUUACAGUGGUUCUCAACCUUAGUUCCAUGUGAGAACCACCUGGGGGAACUUUUAAAAGUCUUGUUGCCCAGGUCUACUCCAGAGCAGUUAUAUCAGAAUACCUGGGAUAGGACCCAGGCAUCAGUAGUUUUAAAAUCUUCCCAGGUGGUUCCAGUGUUCAGCCAAGAUUACCAAACAGUGCUAGGUGGGAACCCAUGAAAUAAAAUUUAGGUAAGUGUGUAUGUGAGUUUUCUUUCUAUGAAAACUUCUUCCGUGCUGCCUACUGACAAGGGUAUUAGAGGUUUUUAAGUUGGGUUUCACCACUUACAAGCUCUUUGUCUUUGGGCAAGUUCUUAGCCUAAUGUUUCUGUUUCUGUGAUGAUUAUAUGAGAUCAUAAUGAAAAGUUUCUAGUGUAAUGCAGAGCACCAAGUAGGUCUUUAAGAACUAUUGGCUUCAUUCUUUUUUAAAAGUGGUCUAUAUCUGCAUAAAUGAGGAUUAUAAACCAUCCUUCCUUCUCUGUUAAAUUCAGCGGUCUUGCUUGUCAGGUGUUACUAACAACAGAACAGAGCCGUUAUUUUACAUCAUUAACAUGGAAAUUAGCACAGGCUCCAUUUACUGAACUCCUUUGUCUCAGUGCAGAGAUUGGCCUCAUACUCUAUAGAUAAAGUCAUCAACUGAGAACUUAAUACAGUUAACUGAUAAAAUACAUCAAGAGUUAAGUUUGUUGAGUGUGUGCUGAAUAGAAAUUAUGCACUUCUUAAUAAUCAGGUAUUUCGUAGAUUUUUCUUUAAAACACAAUGCUUAAACUCUACAAUACAAAAAAUUCUGAACUCUUCCUUUUAAAAGAUAUUUAGCUCUUUUAAAGAAACCUGGACUUUGGUGAAAGUUAAUGUCUCUUGGAUGUCCUUGUAUAUAUUCUACAGCAUCUAGAACUAUGUUUUGUGUAAAGUAUGUAGGCAAUUCAUUAAAUACUUGCUGAAUGAAUAUUCUUACCUGAAAGAUAAAAAACUUUUAUUGACUAUUGACUAUUUUCAGCAUACUUUGAAAUAAAGCAGCAGCAGAGCUUACUAAUUGUUUUGAUUUUCUAAAUUGAUGUGAUACCAGACUUUGUUUAAAAAAGAAAAGUUUAUUAAAUGAACUGUUCCCUAAUCUUCUUUCUCCUGUGAAAUAUGAGGGCAGAGGUUGAGAUCAUGACAUGCAAAUAACUUGAAUGAAAGAAGCAGGAGAGUGAGUACACAGUGGGCGGAGCUCCAUGAAUCUGGCCCACUCUCAGGCCUUUGGCAGCUCUGGGAAAGCAGCCUCAAGAGUUCGUGGGAUCCUUGAGUUUAAUAGUAAUAAGCAAGAGGUGGAGUGCCUAAUCCUUUUGAGUGAAUGGUAAACAUUGGGGAAGGCGUGUCUUCCAGCGGUCCACUCCCCUGGGGCUGUAGAUCACGUGAGCUGAAAGUACUUCCCGAUUCUCAGCCUUGGUCUCCCGUGGGCAGUAAUCACUGUCUGAAAGGGCACAGCAAGGCAGAGAUAGGUAGGGAAGGUGGACUGGGAGGAAGCUUAAAUACAGGAAGAGCACGGGUUCCUAGCUACAGCAAUGCCACACUUCACCGUGACUAAGGUAGAGGAUCCAGAGGAGGGGGCAGCCUCUUCUGUUUCCCAAGAGGGGGAGCCCAGCUUAGCAGAAGUAAAAGCCCGGAUUCAGCACUCAGAUGAACCAGCCCAGAAAGUAUCCACUUGAAUGAACUUUGACCCGAGUCAGAACUCCAUCACAGGGGAACACAGCCAGCUGUUAGAUGAUGGGCAUAAGAAAGCUCGAAAUGCUUAUCUUAACAAUUCCAAUUAUGAAGAAGGAGAUGAAUAUUUUGAUAAAAAUUUGGCACUCUUUGAGGAAGAAAUGGACACCAGGCCAAAAGUGUCUUCUCUCCUCAACCGGUUGGCCAAUUAUACUAACCUGACACAAGGAGCAAAAGAACAUGAAGAGGCAGAGAACAUCACUGAAGGGAAAAAGAAGGCCACCAAGACCCCCCAAAUGGGUACCUUCAUGGGUGUCUACCUCCCAUGUCUACAGAAUAUUUUUGGAGUGAUCCUGUUUCUACGCCUUACAUGGGUGGUGGGCACAGCUGGAGUUCUGCAGGCCUUUGCAAUUGUCCUUAUCUGCUGCUGCUGUACAAUGUUGACUGCUAUCUCCAUGAGUGCCAUUGCCACUAAUGGAGUGGUGCCAGCUGGGGGCUCAUACUUUAUGAUAUCCCGAGCACUGGGCCCAGAGUUUGGUGGGGCUGUUGGCCUCUGCUUUUAUCUUGGUACCACGUUUGCAGCAGCCAUGUACAUCCUUGGUGCCAUUGAAAUUUUUCUGGUAUAUAUUGUCCCCCGAGCUGCCAUCUUUCAUAGUGACGAUGCACUCAAGGAGUCAGCAGCCAUGCUAAAUAACAUGCGGGUCUAUGGCACAGCCUUCUUGGUCCUCAUGGUGUUGGUGGUAUUCAUCGGUGUGCGCUACGUCAACAAGUUUGCCUCGCUCUUUCUGGCCUGUGUCAUUGUGUCCAUCCUGGCCAUCUAUGCUGGAGCCAUCAAGUCUUCCUUUGCCCCGCCACACUUCCCGGUCUGCAUGCUGGGUAACCGCACUCUUUCAUCAAGACACAUUGAUGUUUGCUCAAAGACUAAGGAAAUUAACAACAUGACAGUACCAUCAAAGCUAUGGGGCUUCUUCUGUAACUCAAGUCACUUUUUCAAUGCCACCUGUGAUGAAUACUUUAUUCAUAAUAAUGUUACUUCAAUCCAAGGCAUCCCUGGAUUGGCUAGUGGUGUCAUUACAGAGAAUCUUUGGAGUAAUUAUCUACCAAAAGGAGAGAUCAUUGAAAAGCCCUCAGCCAAAUCUUCUGAUGUCUUAGGCAGCUUAAACCAUGAGUAUGUCCUUGUGGACAUUACCACCUCUUUCACUCUUCUGGUGGGGAUCUUCUUUCCCUCUGUCACAGGUAUCAUGGCUGGAUCAAACAGAUCUGGAGACCUGAAAGAUGCUCAGAAGUCUAUUCCCAUUGGUACUAUCCUUGCCAUCCUGACCACCUCCUUUGUCUAUUUAAGCAAUGUUGUCCUUUUUGGUGCAUGCAUUGAAGGUGUUGUUCUCAGAGACAAGUUUGGGGAUGCUGUGAAAGGCAAUCUGGUGGUGGGUACCUUAUCUUGGCCAUCCCCAUGGGUGAUUGUUAUCGGCUCUUUCUUCUCCACGUGUGGGGCUGGACUUCAGAGUCUCACAGGUGCACCAAGGCUGCUACAGGCCAUAGCCAAGGAUAACAUCAUACCCUUUCUGAGGGUUUUUGGUCACAGCAAAGCCAACGGGGAACCUACCUGGGCUUUACUUCUAACUGCUGCCAUUGCAGAGCUGGGGAUUCUUAUUGCCUCCCUGGAUCUUGUGGCCCCGAUUCUUUCCAUGUUUUUUCUCAUGUGUUACCUCUUUGUAAACUUGGCGUGUGCCUUGCAAACAUUACUUCGAACACCCAACUGGAGGCCCCGGUUCCGCUACUAUCACUGGGCCCUGUCUUUCAUGGGAAUGAGUAUCUGCCUGGCUCUGAUGUUCAUUUCUUCCUGGUACUAUGCCAUCGUAGCCAUGGUAAUAGCUGGUAUGAUCUACAAGUACAUUGAGUACCAAGGAGCUGAGAAAGAAUGGGGUGAUGGAAUCCGUGGGCUGUCCCUCAGUGCAGCCCGGUUUGCUUUGCUUCGGCUGGAGGAAGGACCUCCACAUACUAAAAACUGGAGGCCUCAGUUGCUUGUAUUGCUGAAACUAGAUGAAGACCUCCACGUCAAGCAUCCUCGCCUCCUCACCUUUGCUUCACAGCUUAAGGCUGGAAAGGGCCUCACUAUUGUGGGCUCCGUCAUUGUGGGGAACUUCCUAGAGAACUAUGGUGAAGCUUUAGCUGCUGAGCAGACCAUAAAGCAUCUAAUGGAGGCAGAGAAGGUGAAAGGAUUCAGCCAGCUGGUGGUGGCUGCCAAGCUGAGAGAGGGCAUCUCCCACCUCAUCCAGUCCUGUGGCCUGGGGGGCAUGAAGCACAACACAGUGGUCAUGGGAUGGCCAAAUGGCUGGCGCCAGAGUGAAGAUGCUCGAGCUUGGAAGACUUUCAUUGGCACAGUGCGAGUGACAACUGCUGCCCAUCUGGCCCUGCUGGUGGCGAAAAACAUCUCCUUUUUUCCCAGCAACGUGGAGCAGUUCUCUGAGGGCAACAUUGACGUGUGGUGGAUUGUUCAUGAUGGGGGGAUGCUCAUGCUAUUACCGUUCCUACUGAAGCAGCACAAGGUGUGGCGAAAAUGCAGCAUACGGAUCUUCACAGUAGCCCAACUAGAAGACAACAGUAUUCAGAUGAAGAAGGACCUGGCCACCUUCCUCUAUCACCUUCGCAUUGAGGCAGAGGUGGAAGUGGUAGAGAUGCAUGACAGUGACAUAUCAGCUUAUACUUAUGAGCGCACCUUGAUGAUGGAGCAGAGGUCCCAGAUGCUCCGGCACAUGCGACUGUCCAAGACAGAGCGGGAUAGAGAGGCACAGCUGGUGAAAGAUCGGAACUCGAUGCUACGAUUGACCAGCAUUGGCUCUGAUGAGGACGAUGAGACAGAAACCUAUCAGGAGAAGGUGCACAUGACUUGGACGAAAGACAAGUACAUGGCAUCCCGGGGGCAGAAGGCCAAGUCAAUGGAAGGAUUCCAGGACCUGCUUAACAUGCGUCCAGACCAGUCCAACGUGAGGCGGAUGCAUACAGCUGUGAAGCUCAAUGAGGUUAUAGUUAACAAGUCUCACGAAGCAAAGCUGGUGUUGUUGAAUAUGCCCGGGCCACCCCGAAACCCUGAGGGUGAUGAAAACUACAUGGAGUUCCUAGAAGUGCUUACCGAGGGACUAGAGCGAGUCCUUCUUGUCCGAGGUGGUGGCAGUGAAGUGAUCACCAUUUAUUCAUAACCUACUCCUGAAUGACUCUGCUUGGCCUCACCUUUCCAGAAAGGCUUCCAUCCUCCACGGAAGUGCCAGCUCUUUCCUGCCAGUCGCAUCAACUAGAGACCUAUGUUCUGUAUACAUCAUGCUGAACUCUUAAUGAGCUGAGCCUGAAGUACUUGUGCAGAAAAGUACUAGAUCUGCUCUUUGCUACCAUGACCUGCUGUCCUUAAAGCAGAUAUUCCCUCAACAUCAGAGCAAUUCUCAGUUCCUAAAAGCCAUUCCUGUACCAGUUGAAGGCAAGUUAGAGUUAGCCUACUAACCCAGUAAAGUGAAUUGGCAAAUGGGAUGCUAGAAAUUUAACUGAAGACAAAGGCAAGUACACAUCUAACAUUAAAGAUGAAUCUCAGAAGUCAAGAUUCAGUGAUAAUACCAUGGGGUUAAGACAGAGACACAGCCUUGUAUUUUAAAGAAUUCUUGGCCAAAUACAUGGAGAUCUAACAUCUUGAGAUAAUGAUGGCGAGCCAAGAUGAAAAAUUUCAUUAGUGCAUCCAUGGCUCUUCAGGACUCUAAUUUUGUAUUAGGGUACUAAUAUAGAAAAACUGAAACGUGAAACUGCAGCCUCUACUUCCUCCAAAACAAGAUUACCCCCAAAAUAUGUUUAUGUACUUAUACUGUGUUGUGUAUUUCAGCUAUUGGUUUCUCAGAAUCCAUUCUGUGGUUAUGAUUGUAGUGCAGGCACUGUUACCAAGGAAAUUGUUUUUUAAAAGGUGGAGUAAAAAUUAUUUCUUUAAGGUUCUUUUUAAAUGGCCAAACUAAGGGAGCUCCAAAAGAUAGCUAUCAAGAUUUACAUAAAAUACAGUCUGUGGUUACCUUUUGACAUGGGUAGAAUAUACAGGCUUAACAGAAAUAUAGAAGAAAUAUAGAUGAUGAUGCAUAUUGACCAAUAUAUUCUCCUUUCCUUCUCCCUUUUAUGCCCUCUGGGUUACAGGCACAAAUCAAAAUCACAGGAACAAACACUAGGAAGACUGGCUAAAAUCCUUCCCUGAAACCUUUGAACUAUCCUUCAAAGGGGGAAUCCAGCGGUGGAAUUCAGAGUUUAGAGCCAUACUCUUCCUUAGUGCCAAAGUACUGGGCUGCUGCUACUCUUCCUACCUACUUCACUAAAGUGGCAUACAGUAGGCAUUGGCCUAAUUCAAGAAAUUUUUUUCAUUAAGAAACCUGUGGAUUCAUUCCCAAGCCAUAGUGAAGACUUGAGGCAUGGACCUCAGUGCUUAAAAUAUGAGCAUUUUUUUCCUUUCAAUUUUAUUUGACUGCAGAAAUUUGGAUCUUAAGAGAUUUUCCAAGCCAGCAGUCUUAUGCUAUGUUUUGUUUUCAUAAAGCUCUAAAUGUGUCAAGGAAAUGCUUGUGCAAGCUUAGCUUUUUAUUUGGUAACUUAAUGAUCACAAAACACCUGGCAUUCAAGCAUAGGGAAACUACCCUGUGUGACUGAAUGGUAGUUUCAUAUAUGUGAAAUUUUCAUUUCACAGGAUAGGAUAUUUAGAGAAACUAUCUUACCUAUCUAUCUUCAAGACUGCUUUUGUAUUUCAUUUUAUUAGUGAUAAAUAGUGCUGUUCUUUGAUUACCAACAGGAUAUGGAGCAAGCUGUCCUGCUUCAUAGCCUGCAGACUAUUCAUCUGAUCCUUAUGGACAGAAGAGAAGAACCCUUCCACAUGGCUUAAGAAAUUGAGUCGUUUUGAUUUUACUCCCUUUGCUCUUCUUUCAACAUCCAGGCCCAGUCAGGUAGCAAAACAGUCAAGAUCUUCUAAGUUUUUUUUCUGCUGCUUCCUGCAGAGGGUAGAAGCAUUGUUUACAACUCACCGCAACACUCCAUUGCUUAGUUUGAGUCCCACAGUAGUGGAACAGUUCCCCCCAAAGCCCAUGCUAUUGAAGACCCCCAUGCUGUAAAGGUCAGCCUACCCAGGAAUUAAUUUACUUUUACACACACCCUCUGGCCAAAGCAAGAUAGAUAGAUAUAGAUAUGUAUUUUUUUUCCCAUAUAGAAAAAAACGGGCAGAAAAUAAGCUUAGUUUUAGAAGAGCUUUUUGUGGCUGAAGCUCUUUAAGAAUCCUUUAAAGGGAUAAGGGAAUUAGUGGCUACUAAUAUAGCCCCUACUUCAGCCCCUAAAACACAAUCACUGUUACAUGGGGAAGUGGUUAUUAGGCCAGAUAUAUACUCAUCUCUGUCUAGGGCAUUUCAUGUCUAUGUGUUGCUUAUGUUGUUUGUCUGCAGAAUGUCUUGUCUCUUGUAAUCACUGCAAGUAAAGCAAUACCGAAAACGUGAUGAGAAUGCACCUUAGGGGAAGGGGCUUUUGUUUCAAGAAGGAAGAGAAAGACCUCCUCCUGCCUUUUGAAUGAGAUCCAGCUUUUGAGUCUCAGCUAUGACUUUACCAGGGCAGGUUAUGACAAUAUUCAUUCUCCAGCUGCUGGCCCUCUGCCUUUUAUAGCUAUCUUAAAAGCUUAAGUUUGAAUUGCAGCAUCUGUUUGACAGGUGCCAGGUUCCUCUUGGCAGGGGAAAGAUCACUAUUUUAUAUCUUCCAUUGCCUCAGAAUCCUGUGACCCCAAUGAUUCCGCCAAUCCUCAUUCCCCCAAAUGUGUUAAAAAUCCAUUUUUUGUGCAUAUUAAAGUAGCAAUUACACGGUAAUGUGCUCUAUUUGUCAGAUUUAUUUUUCUUUUCAUCAUGUAUAAUCUGAAUCCAGCAUUAGUUUCUCACAUCUUCCACAAGUAUCUCCAAUAGAAUUUUUACAUCCCAGCUUGUGUUAAAUAGAAGUGAAAUAUUGAGGAGGAUAGAUUUAAAGGAAACUUGCGCAACUUUUUAAAAAAGCAUUGUUCUCAACCAUUUAAUUUAUUAAAAGGAGACGCUGCUGUGGUUCUUGAUUUGGCAGCAACCAUUCUUUUGUUUACAUAGUUAUGGGUUUAUUUGUUGUUUUGCUCUAUACUGGAAACAUAAAUAAAGUUUUCUACAUUAUUUUCA